CUAUGUUGGAAACAUUACACUAAUUGAAUUAUCCAAUUAAAAUAGUUUAGUAUUUUCUGAACACCGAAUGCGGCUUAUAUUUUAUUCAUUACCUUAUAUGUUGUCCUACUAUAUAACAAAGCUACUCUCAAGUUCUUUUUUCUCCCCAUUAACUUUGAGCUCAUUUUUGAACAAAAAAGAACACAAAAUUUAGUUAAUAUCAAGUUUAUAUAAACAUGAUGAAGUUUAGGUCUAAGAGGUUUUGCAGAGGCAGUUUUAAGUUUUGUGGAAAUAAUAAUAAUAAAGGAAGUGAAAAGGCGAAUUGUGAAAACAUUUACAAUAAUAGUGAAGUGAAAUGGGAGGUUAGGCCUGGGGGCAUGCUUGUUCAGAAAAGAGACUCCGGUGAUAGUGUUGCAGAGUUGAUCUCUAUCAAUGUCUCUACUCUUUCUCACUUCCAUCUUAUUUCUAUUGAGGCUACCUCAACCUUCGGGGAACUAAAGAUGGUAUUGUCAUUGGUAAGUGGGUUGGAACCAAGAGAGCAAAGAUUAUUGUUCAAAGGAAAAGAAAGGGAAGAUAGUGAAUAUUUACACAUGGUUGGGGUUAGAGACAAGGACAAGGUGUUCUUGUUAGAAGAUCCUGCUAUCAAGGAGAUGAAACUUCAUAGCAUGCCACGUGGCCAAUCCAUUGGAACUCCUUGUAUAACUGUAUAAACAAAAACCUAACCACCUUAAUUAAAUAUAUCAUUGUCGUUUCUUUUA